GCCUCCUGCCCGUCACAUCACAUGACCGGCUGCAAACAUGGCAGAAGGGGAUAACUCGAAAUCUCUGAAUGGUCUGUUGAAUGGGAUCGCACAGUACGUUUACUAUAACAAUUCUGAAAUAACGGAGGAACUACUCAAAAAUGAACUGUAUCCAGACUUGUCGCAGGAGGAAUUCCAUGCUCUACACGAGAAAAUGAAGGGCUUAUUGAAGACCAUCGCCUCGGCCGACAUGGACUUCACCCAGCUGGAGGCCUUCCUGACGGCCCACACCAAGAAGCCGGGGGGCGUGAGCGGGGAGCAGGCGGCCGCCCUCUCCCGGUUCUGGAAGAACCACAAGCCGAAGAUCCGGGACGGCCUGGUUCAGCAGAGCCGUUGGGAGAGCAGCCUGCGCGGCCUGAGCUGGAGGGCGGACCUGCAGACGCAGUCCCGUUGCGCCGAGCGGAUCGGCUCGCCCGUGGCCCUGGUGGAGCUGGAGCUGGGCCGGACCGGGCAGGAAUCCGAGUUUGUGUGCUUGGAAUUUGACGAGGCCAAAGUGAACCACGUUCUGAAGAAGAUGGCGGAGAUUGAGGAGAGCAUCAACGCAAUUACCCACAGCAGCUAAUAUUUCAAUUGGAUGCACUGGGACCAGUUAGUGUAAAGCUAUUUUCAUUAUACUGUAAUGGACAGGGAAAGAUGGAUUUGUAGCUCAAACUUGACAUCACGCUGACCCCAAACCCAAAUAUGUAUUUGGCUGCCUUGUGUUUUAUUGCCUUCAGGGCUCCUAGAAAAUGAAAUAAAGUUGAACAGUUCAAAACAGGUGGUCGAAGUUAGGACUGGGCACUCUUUCCUGUUGUGAUAGUGUGUGGAUCUGAAAUGAUUUUGUUGGAAGGCGGGAAGGUCAAUUCAGCAUGGAUUUAGUUGCUGGGAACUGCUCACAAGCCAUGUUUAUUCAAUUUGAGGUUUAGACAAUAAUUCUAAAAUGAAAAAAGAACUGUUUAAAUGGAUUCAGAGUAUGCUCGUCCUAACUUCUAGAACCGAAAGUGCUGCCACAUAAAUAUUUCACUAAGCCUCAAUAUUAAAAAGAUCCAAAAUGGCUAUAUUGGCAGUGGAUAGUUCUGGUUGGGUGUAUGUUUUAUAAAAUUAAAACCACUUAAGAGGUUUUGGAAAUCAGCCCCUGCAAUAAAUUACAUAGUUUUAUGGAGCAUUAAAGGUAGCAUGGAAAAUUCUGCCCUGUAUUGUUUUUUUUGCACUUUGUUGGCUGUUAAUGUUAACAACAAUCUGUAUUGUUUACCAAUGGA